CUAGUUUCUCUUUUGUUUUUUCUUUUAGGAGUCUUGAUCUGUUCUGAAUUAUGCCUGAACCAGCCAAAUCCGCCCCGGCCCCGAAAAAGGGCUCCAAGAAGGCGGUGACCAAGGCGCAGAAGAAGGAUGGCAAGAAGCGCAAGCGCAGCCGCAAGGAGAGCUAUUCCAUCUACGUGUACAAGGUGCUGAAGCAGGUGCACCCCGACACCGGCAUCUCGUCCAAGGCCAUGGGCAUCAUGAACUCGUUCGUCAACGACAUCUUCGAGCGCAUCGCGGGCGAGGCGUCGCGCCUGGCGCAUUACAACAAGCGCUCGACCAUCACGUCCCGGGAGAUCCAGACGGCCGUGCGCCUGCUGCUGCCCGGGGAGCUGGCCAAGCACGCCGUGUCGGAGGGCACCAAGGCCGUCACCAAGUACACCAGCGCCAAGUGAACAGGUGUCUUGGUGCCACAUGACUCUACAGGUGACACAGUAUACAUAUGGCCUCACCGUGGAACCAGAAGAACAGUGGAUUCGGGAUUACGAGCUAUUUUCUGUAACUGAACUGAUUCUGCCUCUGCUCUUAGGAUAUGACUGAGACAUGCAAAACGAGAACAUCGCCGCUGUCAUGGAAAAGCAAUAUGCGGAAAAGAGUGUAUUUUGGUCGUCGGCCAAGGUUUACUUCUCAAUUUACACGAAUUAAUUGAAUUUCUAUGUAACCACAAACUUUUUCGCACAUUACUAAAUAUAUGUAAUAGAACCAUAUAAUAGCUGCUGUAAAUAUAAUGGCUCAAGAAGAAAUCCAAUGAUAUCAGACCCUUAUUUAAAGGCAUUAAAUGAAGAGAUAUAAUACAUUC